AAUCCAAAUCAACGAUGAUGCUGCUUUGGUCGGAGAUUUUCCCCCGGCUUGUAGACGGAGCUGUUGGUGCCAGUGUCUGUGCUAUAGGAACCGUGCAUGCGCCUAGCAGUGGCCGCGAGGCCUCGCGAAAAGUCGCCAGAUCGGUUUCCCUAUCUGGCGCUGCGCCCGGACGACCGUUGAACCCGGACAAUCACGCUCCAGAUGUUGUCUCCGAAUCGAAAGUCGCCACCCUUCGCGUAGUUGGCAGGGUCCACGGCCCCCUAUUGUUGUUGUUGUUGUUGUUGCUGCUGCUGCUNCUUUUUCUUUUUUCUUCUGAACACGAUUUCGUCGCAGACUCGAGGAAUCGUACAUCCAUCAACACCAUGCUACUCAAGAGAUCCAUCCUUUCCGCGUUGCUCAUAGGAGCAGCAACGACCUCCUCCACAUUUGCUGCACCCGAUGCAUCAAGUUCAAGGACUAUUGUCAAUGGAGAACAAUCCACACCAGGAGACUAUCCCUAUUUCGUGAAUUUUGGGGAUGUGCAUAGGUGCGGCGCUGCACUGGUGGCACCCGAUAUUAUCCUUACCGCAGCCCACUGUGGUGAACUCACAGGCAAGCAAGUCUUUGUUGGUGCCUAUGAAAUAGGCACUUAUGCAGAGGGAGCACAGGAACGCUAUUGCGAGCAUUAUAUUUCUGAUCCCUUCUAUGCUAAACCUUUCAACUAUCAUGAGAAUGGUGGCCCUAACGCUGAUUUUGCCAUUUGCAAGCUCAACGAGCCAGUAACAAUCGACCAAUCCUUUGUCACGCUGGAACUCAACGAGGAUGAUGCUUUUCCAGCUGACGGGACGGACCUACUUGUCAUGGGUACCGGUACGCUCUCUUCUGGUGGGGACAUCCCACAAUAUCUCCAGAAUGUUACCGUUCAAGCAAUAGACAACGAUGAUUGCGAAGAAUACUAUGAUGAAGGUCAACUGACAGAAGAUACUAUGUGUGCAGGAACUGAAAGGUUGGACAAGGAUUCCUGCCAGGGCGACUCGGGUGGACCACUUGUGAAACGGACCUACCGGGGAGAUGGGACAUUCGUUGAUACCCAUGUUGGCGUCGUUUCCUUUGGUUAUGGCUGUGGCGACGAGCAUCCGGGCGUUUAUGCCCGGACAAGCAGGAGAGCCAGCUGGAUCAAAUCGACAAGCUGCUUAGUAUUGAACAGCGUUGCCUCGUUUUGCGAUGACAUCAAGGAGAAACCAGAUCCUUCGUCCGGCACUGGACACCAUCUCAGCAUCGAGAUUAGUGGCAAUAUAGAUGGUGUUGGGGUUGGGACUCCAAUGGGCAAUUCGUCAAGAUCCGCAAGUACGGCCAACAGAGCAUGAAAACCAAGAUGGAACAACUGUUCGUGAAUCCAAACGAGUGCUACACCUGGUCCAUCUACAAUCCUAUCUCUGGCUGGCUUCCUUUCAAGAUUGGUUACAAUAUUACUUU